AUGAAAAUCACAGGUAUCAUGAUCUUUUGGCCUCUCUUCAUGAUAUUAUUGGAUGAAAUUCAGGCUUCUAAAACUGAAGUCAAAUGCAAUUUCACUGAAAAAAAUUAUUCUUUGAUCCCAACGGAUAUUAAUAAAAAUGUUACAAUACUUGACCUCAGUUAUAACCAAGUUACUUUGAAUGCUACAGACAUAAAGAUUCUCCAGAUGUAUUUUUUACUCACUGAGCUCUACUUAGUUGAAAAUAGUAUCUUUAUCUUGCAUAAUAACAGCUUUGGUAACCUCUCCAAUCUAGAAAUUUUAAAUAUUUGUAAAAAUUCCAUCUAUCUAAUUCACCAGGAUGCUUUUGUAGGCUUAAAUAAACUGAAACAGUUACAUCUUUGCAAAAACAAAAUAGUUCAACUGGAUCCUGAUAUGUUUUUGCCUGUAAAAAACCUGGUACUUCUGAAUCUGCAAGGCAAUCUGAUGAGUUCUUUUGAUGUUCCAAACCAAUUUCAUCUGGAAUCAAUAAUUUUAUAUGGAAAUCCAUGGAACUGCUCUUGUAGAUUACUCAAUUUGCAAAACUGGUUGAACACAUCAAAUGUGAGACUAGAAAAUGAGGAAAUCACCUUGUGUAGAAACCCUGAUGACCUGAAGAGCUACAGUAUUAAAACAGUACCUUAUGGUAUUGAAUGUCACUCAAAAUUUUCAUCUAUACCUGAAGAUCUUUAUGUCUCUUUCAUGUCUAUUAGCAAUUCAACGUUUAAUCAUUCUUUGAACAAUUUAACAAGAAAUUCAGAACAAGAAUAUUUUGGGAAAAGUUGGGCCUUUCUUGUAGGUGUUGUUGUCACUGUACUGAUGACUUCAUUCCUCAUUUCUCUGACUACCAAAUGCCAAAAAUGGUAUAAUUUUCUGCUUAGUUACAACCAUCAUCGCCUAGAAGAGCAUGAAGCAGAAACCUAUGAAGAUGGCUUCACUGGCAAUACAACUUCUCUUUCACUGUCACCUGACACAAACGCUGAAGAUACAACAAUAAUAUUUGAACAACUACAUUCAUUUGUGGUAGAUGACGAUGGAUUUAUUGAAGACAAAUAUAUAGAUACCCAUGAAUUACGUGAAGAAAAUUAA